AUGAGAAAGGUUUUGAACAAAGCCAGGUCGGCAUUCGACGAGCUCACUGACUCCCACUUUAUUUCCCAGAAACCUCCUUCCCAAGCAGACCAACCUUCCACGAUCGGACCUCCCAGCACCCAAGACCUCCUCCGCUACAGAUAUCACUGGGGCACCAACCUCGGCUCCAUUUUCGUCCUCGAGAGAUGGCUCUCAGGCUCCAUGUUUGUCUCCUCUGCCAACGGAGACAGUGAACUCGCUGCCGUGACAGCAGCUGUGCAAGACCUUGGAGUCGACAGGACUAAAGCCAAAUGGGAAGAACACUGGAGGAAUGCAGUUAGAGAGCCGGAUCUUGAGUGGCUGGUGAGAGAGGCGAGGUGUACGAGUAUCAGGUUGCCGAUUGGGUAUUUUACGCUGGGAGAGGAGUGGUGUCGAGGAACGCCGUUUGAAAGCGUCGGGUGCGUCUAUCGGGAUGCGUGGGAGGCUGUUAGGGACUUGGUCGCGAGAGCAAGAGGGUGGGGGAUUGGGGUUUUGCUGGAUUUUCAUUUUGUUUUUGGGGGUGCUAAUGGAGAGGCUCAUGGUUGUGGGGAUGGGAGGGCGGAUCUAUGGGGCAACAAGAAUAACAGGGAGAGGUGUAAACAGGCUUUGGGGUGGAUUGCAAGCCAAGCGAAACAAAUGGAUGGCGUCGUAGGCAUUCAGAUCGUGAAUGAAGCUACCCAUAACGCCUCCGGGAUGUACCAGUUCUACGAAGAAGUUAUCACGGAGAUAGCUAGAUAUGACGAGAGUAUGCCCGUCUAUAUCUCAGAUGCCUGGGAUCUGAAAACAGCAUUAGACUGGACCACCAGAAGACACCCUUUCAGUCGAGCACCGAAGAAUCCGGUUCUUAUUGACACGCACCGCUACUACACUUUUAGCGACGAAGAUCGAAGAAAGAGUCCCCAGCAAAUCAUUGGAGCCAUUGGUGCCGAAUUGGGGGAGCUUGACGGGAAAGAGGGAAGUCUGGGAGAUAGAGGAGAGGCACAGAUUAUCAUUGGCGAAUGGAGUUGCGUCCUUGACGACCAAACAUGGAGUCGUGUUCGACCCGAACAAAAGGAUGACCUAGUCACCCAGUUCGGACGAUGUCAGAGUCAGAAAUGGCAGAAGAGAUCAGGGGGGAGUUAUUUCUGGACUUACAAAAUGGACUGGAUGGAUGGUGGAGAAUGGGGCUUUGUCGAACAGAGUAAAAAGCACAAUAUUGUCCCACCACCUUCUUUAACUCUACCUCUCCAGGAAGUCCGAAACAGACUUCAGCACGCGGGGGCGCAGAGACAGCAGAUGGCUGAUAGUGCGAGACAAAGCCAUGAGAAUUACUGGAACCAGACCGCUCCAGGAAAGCCUUUUCAGCAUCAGCUCUUCAGUGAUGGGUGGGAUAUUGGGUUCUCAGAUGCACACAUGAUCUUUGGGAUGCGAUGUGAGGGUGCUUUGGGUCCGCGACCUGCUGCCGGUGAGGGUGGAGAUAGGAUCGGUUGCUUGGAGAUCUGGGUCAAAAAGAGGCUUUUGGAGUCGGGACAACGAGGAGAGUUUGUGUGGGAAUGGGAGCAGGGUCUUAGAGCUGGGGUGGGUGAUUUCAACCAAUGUGUUGGGAAAAAAGCAAGCAAGAAAGUCAUCAUGGGUGGCCGUGCUCAAUAUGGCAAAGUGCAUUGGAAGUAUUUUGACACUGACAUUGACUUUUGA